CUUUAGUCAUUAACGUAGGACGGUGCCUAUAUUAAGGAAUGUAAAUCUCAAAUGUUGAUAACGCUGCAUCUCGUUUGUAAACAUCACAUAGAAGCACCUAACAAUACAUUCUGGGCAUGAGUAAACGUAUAACAAUUUGUCUAUUUUGUCAGUUUAAAAAAGUGGUACUAAAUAGAUUACAUAGUAUAAAGUAAAAAAGAAUAAAAAGUAUUAAAAAAAAGAUUCCAUAAAUGAUUCAAUAACCCUUUGUAAAGAAACAUCGGAUGAAAAAUACCCAAAGGGAUUUCUGUAGGUUCCAAAAACAAACGGAUAAAAAUUCAGCGAUUUUCAGAGAAGUUCAAAUAAAAAAAAGAAAAAUACGAGCGGAUAACCACUAUCAGUGUUUUUGCUUUAUGGAAAAGGGUAGAGGUAUUCUUUUGUCAGAAUUACGCCGCGAGAGGAAACGGAGGUAAUAAAGUGUUUUCCGUGAAUGUAGGAAGGCAUUCUCUAGGCAAAGUUACGCUGACACGGGGAAAUUGGAAAAUCACGAAUAACUCCGUAAAAUGGAUCGCGAAGACACGUCAGUAGUGGUUGUCGCGACUCUAGCGGCAAAUAAAUGAAUGAAACCUGAGGAACCCGAUAGGUCUCUCCUGAAUUCUUUACAUACAAUAUUUACAUAUAUCGACAUCGACAAUUCCACCUAAUCAGGGCAACCGCACAUGACAGCAGUCUGUCAUUGCGUUAAAUCGGUGCAAAAGUGAAACUUCUCCCAGUUUAAGUUCAUAAUGUUUCAGUUAGAUGUCCAUCUUUCUUAACGUAUCUUCUAAAAUAUCUUAAAUACUUUACCCAAUACCCUGGAAAAAACUGUCACCAGUUUGCGGUCGAAUAUAUGGCAACACUAUUUACUCGAUUUCCAGGUAAUCGUUUUGCCGCGGAUAGACUCACGGCAACGAGAUCGCUAAACAAUUUGUCGACGGUGCUAACGCAAUGGCGCGUUGUUUUAGCAAAAGAAAUCCAAGAUAGUUACUCGUGGACCCAAGUGCGGCGCCGCGCGAGUCUACUCUCCGCCUCGUGAAACGAGAGGGUCUGGGGAGCGGCGAAGUAGCGCGCGGGACGCUACAUGUGGCCGUGGUCACGCAAUGGUCGGGCAAUGGUCGGACAGUGCACGCGAGUGACUCGUCCGUUGACCGCCGAAUGCGACGGGUCGGUCGCUAUUUCUGCUCGAAAAUCUUCGCGGCGUCGCUGCCAAGUCGUCCGCGACGUGGAUCUCGCCGAGGCUUUCUCCGAGUAGUCCCGAGUAGUCCCGAGUAGUUCCGAGUAGUUCCGAGUAGUCCCGAGCAACGCGCGAUCAUGUUCCACUCUUCGUCCCAGCUGUGCCGUUGGCAGAACUGACGACGUAAAGGCAGAGGUGCCAAGUAUAUCUUUGGCAUUGGAAUGUUUUCCUGGCUCCACUUACAUGAUUUUUAAUGAUCGAUCUCUACUAGCAACGUGAUAAGAUCAAAAGGUGACUUAACGAUGAGCAAUAUAAGACAGAAGACUAGUGAUCACUAAUCACUGAUCAAUUACAUUCUUAAAGUGUAGUCACUAAUAUUAACGGAGCUCAUUAGCGCUCCACGAGCUUUUAUAUAAAUGGCUGGAAAGGAAGCAAGCACUACCAAUGUAUCCGUUAAAUCGGAACAUCCAGUACACUUGGGAGGAGAGUCGUCAUCGUCAUUCUGGCAUCACGUGAUAGAUUGGUUCAGAAAAGUCUGUCGUACAAAUCGAUCUCCGCAACAUGACGAUGAUCUCGAAACAGCUCAAGAAAGGCGGGACCGAUGGAAAAGCAUUUACAUUAUUUACUUUACCAUGUUUCUAAUGUCUCUCGGAUUUAGUAUCAUUCUUACUGGAGUAUGGCCGUACUUAGACAAGCUUGAUCCCACCGCUGGAAAGGAAUUCAUGGGAUAUGUGGUUGCUGCAAACCCCCUUGGUCAGAUGUUAUUUUCGCCAUUAGUUGGGUGGUGGGGUAAUAAAAGAGGGUCGGUGAGAUUGCCUCUUUUAAUAACUCUGGCACUUUUCACAUUUGCAUCUGCUGGUUAUAGUGCCCUUGAAGUUAUACCAGCAAAUCGCAAGUAUACAAUGAUCGCUGCAAGGUUCUUCGUUGGCGUGAGUUCCGCAAAUAUUGCGGCGGCAAGAUCAUAUUUAUCAGCAGCUACAAAAUUAUCAGAAAGGACACCGGCAGUUUCUAUGGUGUCUCUCGCACAGGUGCUAGGAUUUGUUGUUGGGCCUGGAUUGCAAGCAGCGGUAACACCGCUUGGAGAUGAUGGAUUCUACUUUCUGGGCUUGCCCUUUAACAUGUACACUAUGGCUGGAUGGAUUAAUGUGAUAAUGGGCGUUAUGAAUUUUAUUAUGUUCCUCCCGUGGAAUUUCAAGGAAUGCAAAAUUGCAGCAAGAGAGGCCAUGCGUGAUCAAGGAAAAACUUCUGAGGAAGAAACAUGGAAAUCUAUAAAACCUGAUUACUUAGCAUCUUGGACGUUGAUUUGUGCCUUUUUUGUCAUGGUUUUCAAUUUUGUUUUAUUAGAAACGCUUGGAACUUCUUUAACAAUGGACCAAUUUGCUUGGUCCAAAAAAGAAGCUUUAUAUUACAUGGGACUUUUAAUGAGCAUCGGUGCAAUCGUAGCGUGUAUCACAUUUGUAAUGAUCAAGCCACUUUGUGACAGGUUUGCGGAAAGAAAGGUUAUGCUUUGGGGCGGCUUCCUUUUCAUGGUAAUUGGACGAAUAAUUUACAUUCCAUUUGGUUCCGAAAUGCCAAUAAUCGCUGAAGUUGACCCACUUACAUUCACUACAAGGGAUAAAAAUGGUACGGAAAUACUUGGUUGUCCAAGUACUCAAGAAUGGUGCCGUUAUACUCCAAAAAUGACAGUACUGCAAUUUUUGGUGGGGUACGGAUUUACCACCACUGGAUACCCUUUGGGUGUCACUUUAAUCCAGACAAUCUUUAGCAAAAUUCUUGGACCUAGACCACAAGGGGUGUGGAUGGGGUUGAUGACUGGUGCGGGAUGUGCAUCCCGGGUUUUGGGUCCAGUUUUUGUCGGCUUAAUUUAUACGCGUUUUGGUACCUAUCAUACUUUUGGUAUUACUGGCGGAAUGCUGGUGUUAGCUAUGGUGUGGUUGCAAAUAGUUAAUAAGCGAUUGAUACCACCGCAGCAGAUCAACGGUGUUCCCGUUAAGGAGGAGGAACGAAAAGAGGUUGAGCUUCCUCUGGUACAUCGGACAUCAAAUAAUGUAGAUAAGGAAGACUCAGAGUCGCAAAAACUUGCUAAUGAUACAUUGAAUACCGUUUGAUAAUGCUCGACGCCAGUUUCACGUGGUGACUCGUAAAUAAUAUAUGUAGUAUAGAUUUACUACACACAUCAUGACUGCCAUUUUUUAUACUUACUGUAAUUGUAAUUCAUUAGAAGCCCUAUACUUAAAUGAACAACCGCUUAAUACUGAAACAUCCUGUACAAUACAGAUGAUUUUUUAUAUAUGUAGAUAUAAAGUCGAACUUGUGAUUAUACACACACAUAUAUAUCUAGAGUAUACGUUUACACAUACUUAAACUUUUUUACAUCUCAAAAUAUAGCCGGUGUACUUUUGGUGCGCGCAAACGUGAUAAGACUGUGGUAUGCCAUAUAAGACACUAAUUUUUCUAUAGGAAUGGAUCGUCAAAUCUGGUGCCUAAAAGUGACUAAAUCUAAGCAAUGGUUACCUGCCUAAAGUAAAUGUUACUGUAAUAUCAAUAGCUUAACACGAGAGAUUGCUUUUUAUAACUAUUUGAUACAGUAACAUAUAUUAAGAUCUUUAUAAUGAGUUACUGUAGUAAAUAAUUAAGCUAUGCCAACGAUUGUCGACGGAAUCAGCGUCAUAUUUAUUUCACGGGUAGUUCGAUCAUUUGAACCGUUGAAAGUAGAUAUUUUUAUGAACUUAUAACACUGUUUGAAAAGUGAUAUUAUCUACUACGAGAUAAGUACCUUGAAACAAUUCGUUUAACUAACGAACAUUUUUACCAAACUUCACGUAAGUCGUAGGUAUUCAAACGAAUCAUUGAAAUUAUUAAUGAAUUAAAAUUACGACCAAAAAUGUAUAUAUUAUAGAUUUAAAUAUUGAAGAGUUCUGUAUUGACGCGAGAAUGUAUUUCUAUAAAGAAUCGUAUUUAUAUAAGGAAGAACUUUGUAAUAAACUCCUGUGAAAGUGAA